CGAAAAGAUGGAAGACUUGCGAGGAGCACGUAAAAACACCCAUGUUUAUGAGGAAAUACAGCAGGAAUUUAUGGAGCAGGGAGUUUCGGUUACCACAUCAUCCACAAAAUGAAAAAUAAGUUCUUGCGCCGGAAGUACAUGCACAGAUUCAUGUGUUUCACUGCCGAAGUCUUCUUCAACCGAUUCGAUCAUUUCCGAGGGGCCGAGCAAUGCAAGGAAAUAGGAAUACGCGCUGAUGAAAGCAUUGCUGUCCUUGCCGAGAAGGCAGUUCGUCCAACUGAGCAAAUGGAUCGACAGUUGGAAGAUAACAUAUUCUUCCAAAAUAGGUUCCUUAGUAUAAUCCAGGAAAUAGCAAAUAGUUCUAGUCACCAAAAAUAUUGUGAUCUCGAUUAUGAAUAUAUAUAUUUUCAUGUAAUGAUGAACUUACGGAAAUGCAAAGCAAGGGCUUCUCUUAUAAUUUCGGCCUCUCUUCUGCGGUCUCCUAUGGUCAUGUCCGAAUUGGGUUGAACUCUGACGUCCUCCGGGUGUUCAUGUUGAAAU